GAAAGGACCGUUCUAAGUGACGUGAGCCGAAAAAAGUGCCAGUCCGCUCUGCCCGUGCUAGCGUGUGCGUGGCAAGUUUUGCAAAUUGCACAUUCCGGGCCACCGCUACUAUCCUACGCUGCUUAACCGUGUGUGUGUGCUGUGUGCAAUAGUGAGCGGCUUGUAAGGGUGUGAAAAUAAAAUCAAUAGAGCCACCGUAAGCCGACACCGUGGAAGAAAAAGUGUGGUUGGAAAAGCAUUCCCGUUUCCCAGUAGAAUGUGCACGCAUCGAGUGAAAAAGCUGCGCGGAAAAUGAGAUCCAAAUGUAACGUCAACCGGCAGCAGCAGCAGCAGCAGCAGCAGUGGCUAGCGACAUCUAAGGCAACGGACCAGAGUGGCCAGAGUUCUGUUGGUAAGCAGAAUGAAUGCACAGGCAGGCGUCUGGCAAGGACAAGAGCUGGUCCGCCACGGAUGUCGCUCGGUGCGACGAUGCUGUUGGUCACACUGCUCGGUCCGGCGCUAGACGUGCGGCAUGGGCCGUGUACGACCGUUAGCGGGAGCGAGUUUCCCGAGCGUGAAUGCUGCGAUCCCGUUUAUCCACCGAUGCCCGACCCGGAACCGGUCCCCGGGCCGGCCUACCCAACGACGACGAUUUCCACCUCCUCCUCGUUCCAGACCGGCCAGGGCGGUCAGGGUGUGGGCGGUGGGCUGCACAUAGGCGGUGGAGGAGGAGGUGGUGCGGGAGCAGGAUCCACGGCGGUAGGGAACGAGCUGGGCGGUGGGCUGAUCGGGACGGGUUCCGGCGGUCAACUGUCAUCCUCGCGUCCGAUGCAUAUCGGCUACUCCGGAUCGAAUAUUAAGACUGCAAUAGCUAUUUUAAAUUGUAUAUUAGCACGACAGCUGUGCUUCGAGGACCCGUCAUGUUCAGCCAUCCUGGAGAUUAUACCGCGCGUCUGUGGGCCAGUACCGGUUGCCUGCAGCACGGUUACCGUAACGAAAUGUCAGGCCGCCCUCCGGACGCUGCAGGCGUUCCCCUUUUUCCGGCCCACCUGUCUGUGCAAGGAGCCGGGCAUCGAUCCGGACUGUAAUUAUUUUCGGGACUUCCUGUUCGAUCAUCCCUGCGGUUUCGUCUCGAAGAAAGAAAAAGAUCCCUAUCCGGUGGAUGCAUUGCCGACGUGCAAUCAUGCACUAUCCGUGUGCCAGCAGGAGCGCAAGUGUAUAAAAUUAUUCGAAGAUUUUAAGCUACACUGUAAAGUGCGGGAAAAUAAGUGCCGCAUGGAAGAUAGGGAUUUGUGCUACGAAGCGUGGACUAAUCUGCGAUUAUCACCGAUGUUCGGCUGCAUCUGCCCGAAUAAUCACAUGAAGCGCAGAUGUGAUAAAAUAUUUAGCGUUGUUAACCAUAAUCCGUGCGUCGAUGUGCUUCCCUCCGCACUAGACACAUCUUCCGGCACCGCAACUAAUUCCAUCUAUCCGAACUUUUUUCCCUCCGACAUCAUUGAAGAUCCUCCACCCACCAGCACUUAUCCGUACUUUCUGUUUCCCUCCAAGAAGUACCCACCGUCGGCGUUCGGGUCCGCCAUUUACCACGCCACCGUGGACUACAUCAACCUGCCCGAUGGGCCGGGCCCGAGCACGUCCAACGGCUCCCACCCGGAAACAGAUCAAUCCUCUUCCUCCUCCUCCUCCUCCGCCCCCUUUCCCCGGCAGCACCCGGGGACAGAGCACAACUAUCGCACUAGAUACGAGCACAAUUUUGACACCAGCAUGCACCACAACACCAAGCACCAAAGUCCCACUCACAGUAGCAGUAAUAAUGCACCCAUCGCACCAUCGUGGCCCGAUCAGCACCAGCACCAGCAGCAUCCGUACCGGCACGGCGAGAACGGUACGGCCGAUCCGACCGGUCACGUUGGUAUGGGACGAUGGGAUAGCAUGUCGGUCCCAUCUGACCUCCAGCAGCAACCGGAGACUGUGCGGGCAAUGGGUGUGGACGAUAAUUAUCACCGUCUGCUGGACCAGAAUAUGGCCCUGAUCGAGACGCCGCUGGUCGCGCCACCGCAUGCCUACUAUCCGCAGCACUACAAGACGGCACUCUAUCCGUACAACAUCAGCGGCUAUCACCAUCUGCACCAGCACGGGGCCGGCGGCCACUUUGGCAACCACCAGCACCAGCCAGCGCAUCCGCAUUCGUACGGUGGGUUCGAGUACGAGUACGCAACCGGUGGUGCUGGUGGUAGCAUCGGUGGCCCCGGUUCCGGUGGUUACCUGACCGCGUCGGGUGGGUCCGCUCCGGUCGACAAUAUUCUGAUCAGUUUGAACGGUGGCAAUGGAGAUGCCGGCAUCGAGCUCGACGGUUCUAGCUACGAGCACACAAUGGACAAACAAUUCGGCUCGGACGACAUUGAGGAGAAGGAGGCGGAAAUGAGUUUUAUUCACUUCCAAAGUACCUGUCACCUUGCGCUGGACUCCUGCCGUGACGAUCAGGUGUGCUCAUCCGCACUGAAGACGGUGCUGAUGCACUGCGAUCAGCAUCGGUGCAAUCGGAACGCUUGCAUGGAGUCGCUGCAGAGCUUCUACAAGAGCAUUCACGACGAUCUCAGCCUGGACAUUGCGUUCUGUCUGUGCAGAAAAACACCGAACCGGCACGAUAGCUGUAUGAUUGCGCAGGAAAAGCUGCAUCCGGUGUGUGCCCAGCGGCCACCGGAAAGCCUCAGCCAGCAGUCUUCAUCGGCCGGCAACGGUAUCACGUACAAUGCGCCGCCAGCUUGCCACGCCGUCGCGGAGCUGUGCCGUGAGGAUGAAGACUGCCGCACCCGGCUGGAGGUGUUCGAGCAGUCCUGUGCGGUGGACAGUGUGACCAAGAAGUGUGCCGGAAAGACGAGCGCUUGCAGGCAGGCUAUGCUUGGCAUUCUGGGCACACCGCUCAGGACGACCUGCGCCUGCCAGGGCUCGGACAUGCAGCAGCUGUACGACUGUCUCGGCUGGCAGCGGCUGCUCUGGCUUAAUCCUUGCGUUGUUGAGUCACAGAAAGACUUUCAUCUGAAGCGCUUAGCGGAGCUGGGACUGCUGACAACAACGACAACUAUGGCCACAACCACCACAACCAUGACCACCACGACCACCACCAUGAGAACGACGCGUAUCACACAUCCACCAACGCUUCCUCCAACAAAGCCGAAACCCGUGUAUCGACCAAAACCGACCGAAAUGCAUACGGUCGAAACGAACUAUGUCGAAACACCUGACACACGUCCGGAAACGCUACUGCACAAUCAAAACGGUAUAAUUGAACGACCGGACAUCGAGCGUGGCCAUCAGCAUCCACACCCCGACGAGUACGAUCGAUCAUCCGGAACCAGGCAUCAGUCGGUCGAUACGGACAUUGAGGAUGAUCUGGCGGGACAGUACGAGAAAGAGAUCUAUCAAAGACCCGACGAGCAGGUACUGCACGUGGCCAGUACGGAGGUUCAGGAGGUGGAAACACUACCACCGACCACCGUUACAACGACAACGACCGAGCCGACGACAACGCCCGUUCCUAUAAGAUACUGCGUGGUGCAGAGAUCUCACCAGCCCGAUCAACUGAUCGCAGAAGGAAAGAGUCGUAGACUCUACAUCUUGGACGAUGCUGAAUGUAGCGAGCUGUGCACGUGCGGUGGUGGAGACUCACUCGCCCUGACCUGUCAUGCACUGUGCGUUCCGUUGGCUCCAUGCCGGACCGCCCUUGCCUACUACAGCCAUGCCGCCCCGGCAUACCAAGCGUUCCGUGGCCGAUGCCUCUGCUAUUCGGGACGGUUCAUCUGCAUGAGGCCACCGCCAGGAGAAUAUCAGCUUCCUGGCGGUAUCUUUCUUUUAUUAGGUUAUAGUUCUACCGACGAAGCACUGUUAAGACCGCACACUAACUUAGGAGUACAGGACGCCGUACGUGCCCUACAGCAAUACGUCCUGCAGCAUAUCGAUAACUCGACUCUCUGUACAUUAACACUGUUUAACAUCACGGAAGAAAACAUCAUUCUUUCGAUAAGGCUACCGAUGGACCCGAAGCUCACACCGAUGCAGUUGUUAAAGAUGGAAAAGGACCAGUGCACCAGGAUACUGGAAACGAUCAGUCACCAGAUCAACACGCAGUACGUGGAACUGUCCGCUCAUCGUUUGCUCAGCAUCUUCAAGAUGGCCGAGGUGCAGAUCGUAUGGCCCGAGGUCAGUAACGCCCGGCGGCACACGGCCCCAACGGUGGCGGUCAGUCUGCUCACCGGUGUGGCAACGGUGCUGCUCACACUGUGCGGCACACUAGUCCCACCGUUUGUCCGGUGGAACCAACAUCAACGAUGGCCGGCAGCACCGCGAUCCGUUACGUGACGAUCGACAAUACCGACGUAAAGUGUGGGACACGCACAAAACAUUUCACUUCUCCCAUGUCACCGCGUCAUCGCGAGGACUGUGCAGUACCACAGUGCAAACGCGACCUCGAAAAACACGAGCACCUAGUAUGACUGUUAAGUGUAAUAUAAUGGUAGAGAAUACUUUCUUUAAGUCCAUCGGCAUCCUUGAAGGCUCGUUUCAGUUCGCGUUACUAGACGCGGAGUGGUGUUAAAAAAAACCCCGACCCCAUUUUGCACAUCAUUAUACUCACGCAGAGAGAGAGAAAAAAAAAACAAGAAACCCCCAACUCAAAGAUGCUCCAGGAAGGUGCUACUACUCACUCCAUGCUUUUACUAUGACUUUUAUUACUAACUACUAUUACUACUACUACCACUAACUACCACUUAUUGCUACUACCGUUACUACAAGUACACGUAACCGUACACUAUCAUUACCCGUACAGAAACAAAGAAUCCUGGCAUCCUGUUAUUAUCGUUUCUCUGUUCUCGUUACCUUACCUCGAAAAACACUCUCUUAUCCACGUUAUCUACUGUGCUGGUGAUCUUUUGCCGGUUGAUCUAGUGCGGGCUGGCAAUGGUAACAGAAAAAAUCCGGCGAUCGUCCAGAAAGUGUACACCCGUAAUUGCGACCCAGUGGAGACUGUGUGUUUGUGUGAGUUUGGUGUGGUUCGAGUGUGAGCGAGUGCAUGGUGAGUGGUGUACUGGUGGACGUGUACAUAAACAUAGCCGAACGAAUGGUUGCAGAGAUGAAUGGAUGAGCUUAAAGUGCAUAGGUUUUUGGCGUUCCGUUCCGACGGGUGAAGCAGAAGAAUGUUACAUACAUGUCAAUCGUCGUUAGCUUUGCAUCAGGUUGCGUGCGAGUGUGUGUGUGUGUGUGCGUGUUUGUGUAUUUGUGCUUAAUUAUAUGAAUAUGAUUUGUGUCCGAGAGAAGCACAGUGAAUCGAUUGAAGCGGAGGAAGAAACGAAACAAAGCUUCAUGUGGUUAGGUUCUGUACGUUAGAAGGUUCAGCUUUAAAUGAAUGUACGCGGAAAACUCAUCGAAUCUCGUUGGUAUGUUACUUUCAAGGCGGUUUUAUGGUAAUUAUGUAUUGAUUUUGAGUGUGAGUGAUCAACACAGCUACAUAUCUUGUAUCAAUUUGGUUCGUUUCUCAAAAAAAAUCUUUUCUAUUUUAUUGUCUAAUAUAUUUUAUUUACAUUUUUAUAAAUUUGGAAAAUUUGUAAAUUUUCUUUACUAGAAUACAUAUUUUUGGCAGAAAGUAAUGCAUCAAUAUAAAAUAUUUUAAGAGUCUAUAAUCAAAAGACGGCACCAAGAUUCAUGAAUCCUCUUUUUCUGGUCUUUAAUAUUCAUUCACAUGGAUUUUUUUUAGUGAUGCACUCCUCAUAGCUAAAUAGAAACUAUGGCUAAUAUUCCACUUGUCCAAACUACGUUUAAAGUUCUUAAAAUGAUCACUCGACCCAGUAAUUCUUUAAUCUGUUUGCUGGUUGAAAAACAUCCCGAACAAAUCAUUUUCAAAAGGAACACACUCCCUCGACGAGUAGCAUAGAGCUGUUCCAUCACAAGAACGCCCAAAACCAGCAGCAUAAAGCAGCAAAUCGCGCUGCAUUCAUCGAAUCAUUUCCCCCGUGCGCCUAAAACUCAUGCCACCGGAAUGAGCGAUAGGGAAGCGUUACGAACGCAACACGAACCGUCAGGUCCGGUGGGAUUCAUCAGUUGCGCUACACCAUUUAUUGUCAUCCGCCGGUUCGGUACGUCGGUUCUUGGAUUUGUGAGCUAUGGAGGCUGUGUGUGUGUGUGUAGCUAGCAACCUUUUACAAAAACCGUCCCGUGGAUGUGAUUUUUUCUUCUUCUCUUGCUUUCAACCCCUUCUCUUGGGAUGCAACUACGGUGGUGCAUGGUCCAUAUCAUCACCACGCUUCUCUGGUUUCUGCAUCGGUCUAAUGCAACGAUGAAAAGAGUGUGCGCCACACAACUAAAACAACAGGCCAUUCCAAUAGGAAAAAACCACUCCCCUCUAAAAACUAUCAGCACCAUCGUGUGCACACAUCGCUUCUGUGGUUGGUUGCCGGGAACGAAACGGCGACCAAAAAAAAGAACAGGCCAAAACUUUUGCUUCAAUCCUAUCAAGUUCUAACCUUUUACCGACCGCUCGGUAAACACGGUGACUGGGAUGAAUGGGGUGCCGGGGGUGAAAUAAAUCACCCAAACACGCCCGAAAGAAUCGAUAAUUUGAGAAUUGGACAUCCGUUGAUAAUGGCCAUUAUUCAUACGCUGGUGUCGGAGCACGGGUUUGGCCCCAAAAACCCCAUUCCAGCAGGCGCGUUACAGCCCAUGACUGGCGCUGUGCCACCGAGCAACAUGUUACAGAAAGGAUUUGAGCAUGUACGUACAUGUGCUAAACACAUGUAUUGGGGGUUUUAGAGCCAGAGGUUCCCUCUUUUUUACAGCACACUGUGCAGAAACAUUCCCAAGCUUCUGUUCUUCCGAUUUCCCACCGUAACGCCUCGUAACGCUUCAGCUAGCUUCAAAACGUUCGAUCUACAGCAGGAAAAAAAAACUCGCUGUUCCUUUCUUCCAUUUUCAAAAAAAACUAACCGAUGAAUAUGGACCAGCGUUCGUGGUGGGUUUCGAUUUGCACCUCGACACCGCACCCGGCCACGACCACUUCAACUGGCCCGCCAAAGCUUGUAUGGGAGAAGCGAAAGCUCGGAUUUUAUGACCCUCCCGCCGCCUACUGUUCGACACGCUGUCUGGCAAGAACCGGGGGUUAUUGGAUUUUUGUUUUACCUCGCCCAUUCGAACCGUGGUGUGAUUGGAUUGGCAGACCGGGCUAUCAAUGUUACACGCUCGGCAAAAGGUAACGAUCCCCCGGGAAAGCUUGUUCUAAAGCACCGUGACAGAAUGGACGCUGGUGUCAGUAACCGAUACGCUGACAUUUAACUCUUUCCCCAGCGUGCUGUAGCUGGACAUUUACCUUCGCGUCCUUAAAGAUGGGUAACAAGAUCAUGAGCCGGCCGGUAAAAGGUCAGACCACCUUUUGUCUUGGCGAGUUUGGUAGUCUCGGCAAGGGUGAAUUGAAUUGUAAAAUGCACGCUGUGAAUGACACGGUGCCAUUUUGUUUUCCUUUUUGUUGGCACAUGAAUUUUGAAACGAAACUCCUUCCAGGAGUCGUUAAUGAUGCAGCAAGCAAGGAAUUACUGUUUAUUGGUUAAAGAUCUUUCUAGUCAAACUACUGCCGAUAGACCUACACAGAAGGUAAAAAAGCUUUGUUAUUUAUUUCAUUUGUACAUUUUUAAAUUUUUUAUCAUUUUAUGAAGAAUUGUUUUUCUUUUUCAUAAACAAAACCACCUGAAAGCUUAAAUGAACGAACCAAAUUUGCAAUGUUUACACAUAUCGUUAGCAAAAGCCAGGGGAUUGAUAGAAUCCUGGAUAGGAUGUAUAAGCAGUCGGUGGAUACCAGGUAGCACCGUUUUUGUAGCCGUUUAGUAGCGACCGUCUAGUGUGUCGAACCAGUGUGUUGUAGGUAGUUGAUAAGGUAGCGCCAAAACGCCAGCAUCAGGCCUCUGUUGUGUUUGCCAGCGUCUCAGUUUUGUCUCUACAGCGAUUUCCUCCAUCCCAGUUUUUUUUAUUUUACCACCCACAGCAGAAGUGGCAGGCGAACGCUUAACAGUACUCAUUCAUGUGCUUUUACUUUGAGAGUGUGUGUGUAUGUGUGUGAGUAUGAGAGUGGACACAAGUAUGCUGAAAGAAUGUGAUCGUGUAGCGCUGGAGUAGGAAAAACAAACGAAAUGGCCGCCAUUAUCUGGCGACAAUACUAAAAGCACUAGCCGUGGGGGAAAAAAUUGAAAUCACAAAGCAAAAACCCAAAAACGGUACACAAAAGCUAUUAAAAUCUCGAGUAAGUGUGUGCGAAAUAACAUUGUGGAUGAUGCGAUCCUACAAAAAUCGUACGUUUAAGAGUAAAAGAAAAAACAUAUGUCUUCCUUAACAAAAAAAAACAAGAAAUCACAUUACACGACAACAACUUCAUCAACACCUUCCACACAAGCAUACACUCACGCCCGUUUUGAGAAGAGGGGUACACAGAUACACGAACGAAACUAGCAAAGCAAAAAACACUAGACAUAAGAGCACUCUCAACACACACACACACACCAUACAUACACCAAAUAUCAGUCAAAACGUUCACCAAACACACACGUAAACACACUAGAAAACACAACCAAAUGAAUUGACUCAUUACUAAACUUUAAGAGAGGGAAACGGAUCGAUGAUCGUCGCUUUAUUAUAAACUGCAGUUUGUAAAACAGAACUUGUGACGUUACACCUAUAGAUUUUAAACGUUAUCCAAUGUGCAACAGCGUAGCUGGGAACGGUUUCCGGGCCAUUACAGCUGCGGAACGGCAACCCUCGGUGUGCACGGUGGGUGCAGCAAAGUAAUGCAUUCUGAUGAAAGCGAACGAAGGAAACUGGAUGGUUGCACACAGUAGAGCGAAUAUAGUAUCUGCAUAAGCUAUUUGUUAGGUAAAACCAAACGAAUCCCAAACUAGUGAAAUUAACAGCAAACCCGCGGGACAACGGGCAAGACAAACAAUAACUUCGGAAGUCCUUAUCAUACACGCCCUAGUUGACAGUGUUAGCAAUAAAACUGGCACCACACUCAUGGGUGUGGAGUCGGCGACAGCGCAGUAGAAACCCCAGAGCAGCCCAGCCAUUCUAUCAUGUGACGAGUCCCAGCUAGCCACAACUUGUCCCAUUUCACCGUGAGAUGCGUAUAAUUUUGUGUGCGUGUGUGUGUGUGUUUGUGUACAUAUAUACAUAAUAUACAUGAGGAUAUACAUAUGGGAAAUUAUAAAUAUACAUUAUAUAUAUAUACAUACACCACAUAACCAACCGGGCCGCGCGUUUGAAGUUUGGGGGCGCCCAGGAACGUUAGGUUCUUCUCUCCAAGUGUAAAGAAAAACGAGCCGAACAUGAGUAGCGCGUGUAUGUUCUUUUGACAUUUUAGACACUUUGGACGCUUACGUUUUUUGGGGUGGGGAGGGGGGGGUGGAGGAGAAGUUGAACAGUUUAGGUUAAGCCGUUAGUUUGUUCGAUUCCAGACUCGAUCCCGGUACUGACAGGAGGGACAGACUAAAAGUGACGAGAAAAAAACUCAAACACAUACACAUAUCAUGUAACUCAUCCAAAUUCAUUAACACACACACCGUUAUACACGACCGUUACUAGAAGAAGUGUGUUUAGUGAGGUGAAGAAGCUAGCACUACAUAUCACCCAAACACAACAUCACCUAGAAUCGACGCACCGAAUACCGAUUACGAAUACACCCGUGCAUCCUUACCCGUUAUCACACAACUACUACUCAACACGCACACACUAUGAUCCACUAUGAUCCACACGCAGCCACGAUCACCCGCCCCGUUUACAUCCCAAAUUUGUUGGUGAACCACCACUGUUGAUGGUAGUGAACCGUUGUUGCUGUUUUGAGUGUGUCCGGUAAGAAUGCGAAGCAAAAUGGUGGUCCGCUUUCUUCCCUCACAAAUCCCUCACGCUUUAUGAGGCUUGUUUCGGUUGAAUCUUAGCAAAUUUUAAAUAGCAAAUUAUUGACAUUGUUGUUAGGGAAUCAGCCACAAAAAGCAUAAUAGUAGAAAGCGGGUGUGUUAAGCAUUCCAUCAGUCUGGCCAAAGCGAGGAUCAGAAAAAGGGACAAAAGUUUUCUUAUGUUUCCAAACCAAUGUUUUACAAAGCCCUUUGAUACGUUUGCGUACAAAACCGACAUUACAAGGGAUGAGCCCAACCAAAAAGCACGAUGAAUGCUGAUGGGAAAACGAGCUACCAAUUUGGACACACAUGUUUACAAAGGUUUCCUCCAUGCAAGAAGUACACUGACAUCCACACGCUUGAUUUUGCAUCUAGAGAACACAAACUCACCAUCCUUCACCGUACUGAUUCACCGACUUUAAACACUUAUCCACUCCAUCCGUGCAUCACCGAUCAGUUCAUCAAACACAUAGCCACGAACAUAGUGUGGAAAAUCCUACAAACAAACAAAAAAAGGGCAUACACAUCGCAUCACAGGAACAAAAAAAACAAAAAAGAAAAAAAUAGAACUACAAAUAGUAUAACAAGUGUAAAGCUGAAUAUUAAAGAAAAAACAGAAGAAAAAAAACAAAAUCGUGCAGAGAGCAACAAAAACAAAAAUCGUAAAGCGAUGACUCAAACACAUCAGCUCAUUUGCUCGAAAGGUAUAAAGCGGAACGAGGCAACGAAACAGUGGUGGGAUGAGUGAACAUGAACGGAGAAAAAAAACACGGCACACCUUCAGAAACACCCACAUCCAUUGUAAGCUCCUAUUGUAAUGGAAAGGGCAGGUGGGGCGAGAGCAGAAAAUAAAACAAUCUGAAGACGAACAACUAUACCGAAA